AUGAGUGCUCCAGAGGUCAAGUACGCAUAUCCCGCAGAGAAGAAGGUUGCACAGAUGCAAAGAGUUGCGUUGGCGCCUUUCAGUGCCCUUGGCCUUGUCCCAGAGUUUGGAUCAGUCACAACCUUCGCUCAAUCGAUGGGCGUCCAUCGGGCUAAUGACAUUUUGAUGUUUGGGGAGAAGAUCACUGUCCAGGAACUCAAACACCAUGGUCUUGUCAAUCGCAUCUUCCCACAAGCGAGCUUUCAUCAAAGUGUGCUGGACUUUUUGGAGCAAGAGCUUGCUAAGAACGAUGGACAGAGCAUGAUGGAAGCUAAAAGAUUACAGAAUUUGCCACUUCGCAGAGGCAGGAUAUUGGCUGUGUAUGAUGCCGCUGAGGCACUAUCUGAGCGCAUUGUUGAGGAUGCUCAAAAGAAGCGGUUCGAAGAGAAACAUGCAAGGCUCCAAAGUACGAUGGAAGGUAGUCGAACAGCUAUCCUGACGGGGGCCGCAUCAGGCAUCGGCGAAGCCAUCGCUCGGGAUCUCAUCAGAACAGGAUGGAACGUAGCCUGCCUCGAUUGGCAGAAGGAUGUUGGCGAGGCCUUGGUCGCCGAGUUGGGGCCACAAGCACACUUCGUUCACUGUGACGUGGCAGAUUACGACCAGCAAGCCCAGGCAUUCAAAACUGUGUGGCAGAAAUACGGCAGGAUGGAUGCUGUGUUGGCAAAUGCAGGCAUAUUUGACAGAAGCUCUCUGUACCUUUUCGAAAGCAGGGGCAUGGAUGAGAUUCCUCCACGACCGGAUACAAAGUGUACCGAUGUCGACUUCAAGGCUGUCCUUUAUAGCAUCCAGCUGGCAGUCCACUUUAUGAGAAAGAAUGCUGUUCCCGGAGGCCACCUUAUCGCAACCUCAAGCCUAGCAGGGCGACAUGCACAUCCCUGCUUCCCGGAAUACAGCGGUGCAAAAGCAGCGAAGGAAAACAUAUCCGUCAACGUCGUUCUUCCAGGAAUCGUAGCUACAAAGCUGACUGGAGCUUCAACUCUUGCUUCCGUCAAUCCGCAAAGGUAG